AUGGGGGUAGAGAAACACAUGUUCAUUACCAGACCUUUGCGACGAAAACGGACAAGAGAUUGGAAACUCGGUACGUGGAACUGUAAGUCUCUCAACUUCAUCGGAAGCACGCGUAUACUAUCCGAUAUAGUGAAAGACCGCAAGUUCGACAUCGUAGCGCUGCAGGAGGUGUGUUGGAAGGGGUCUACGGUGCGGGUCUUUCGCGGGAACCACACCAUAUACCAGAGCUGCGGCAACACACACGAGCUGGGAACAGCUUUUAUGGUGGUGGGGGAGAUCCAAAAGCGUGUGAUCGGAUGGUGGCCGGUCAGCGACAGAAUAUGCAGGUUGAGGAUCAAGGGCCGGUUCUUCAAUAUCAGCAUAAUUAACGUGCAUAGUCCCCACCUCGGAAGUAGCGAUGACGACAAAGACGAAUUCUACGCGCAGCUGGAACGUGAAUACGAUCGCUGCCCAAGACAUGACAUCAAGAUCGUCAUCGGCGAUUUCAAUGCUCAGGUUGGCCAGGAGGUGGAGUUCAGACCGGUGGUUGGAAGGUUCAGCGCCCACCAGCAAACGAACGAGAACGGCCUAAGACUCAUCGACUUUGCCACCUCCAAGAACAUGGCCAUAAAAAGCACCUUUUUCCAGCACCGCCUCCUGCACCGAUACACCUGGAGAUCACCCGUGCAAACGGAGACACAAAUCGAUCACGUCCUGAUUGAUGGACGGCAUUUCUCGGACAUUAUCGACGUACGAACCUAUCGGGGCGCUAACAUCGACUCGGACCACUACCUUGUGAUGGUUAAGCUGCGUCCAAAACUGUCCGUUGUGAAUAACGUACGGUACCGGCGCCCGCCGCGGUAUAAUCUGGACCGACUGAGGGACACCGAGGUCGCGACUGCCUACGCGCGGCAUCUCGAAGCAGUGUUACUAGCGGAGGAGGAGCUCAAUGAUGCUCCCCUGGAGGACUGCUGGACCAGAACUAAAGCAGCCAUCAGCAAUGCUGCGGAGAGCGUCCUGGGAUACGUGCCAAGGAGUCGACGGAACGAAUGUCUCUUUCGCGCGUAUCCGAACAAUACGUAUAUUUCUUGCCACAUAGAUUGCCUCUCACGACUUUUGGUCCACGUCAAAGAAUUUCCGCAAGCCACUGAUGAGUUGAAGGCGACACGCGAAGAUUUCCGAACAAUUCCGAAUUUUGCUACUACGACGGGACCGGGGACGGACGGAACGGAAGCACCAGUCUCGCGCAUGUAUUGGCGCACUGAGAGAAAGUGA